AUUUCACAAGAGUCAGUCACUUCGGUCAGUUGUAUAGUUAAUUUGCUGUUCAAGUAGUUUGUUAAAUUAAUAUAAAUUGAAUAUACAAAAAAAUAAUAUUGGCUAAUUUAAAAUGGAGAAUUAUAUAGAAGUUGGCAAUUACACGGAUUUUGAGAACGCCAUUACGAACGUGAAAGAUGCCAGCGAAUUAACAAAUGUUUAUGAAAAAUUGCUAUCAAUGCCGCAACGUUCACGAUUCCUAAAAUUAUGUUUAGAAAAAGGCUGUAAUAAAAACUAUGUGAAUUGUGAUACUGGAAAAGCUGCCAUAAACUAUGCUGCCGAAUCAUUGCAUUUCACUAAUCUAUUCCUGUUAAUUUAUUUUGACACCAAUACGAUUACCCAAAAUGUGCCCCAGCGGGGAAGCAAUCAAAGAAACGUUCAAUAAGAAGAAGAACACGGCAACUACCUCUCCCAAAUCUAUCUUAAAGACUGCAGAUAAGAUCGAGGGCAAGAUGGACAAAUCUGUGGUCAUAAAUAUACCCGAUAUACCCAACUCUAAAUAUAUAGAAGAUAUAGAUCAUAAAUACAAAAACCAAACGGCACUCAACAAUUUAGCCAGCCAUUUAACUUCAGAAAAUGCUGGUGAAGUUCGUGAGUGCAUGGAACUCUUGCUUCGAAAUGGCGCCGCAGUGAAUGCAAUGGAUGAUUCCGGGGAAGUACCGUUGAGCUACGUGUUAAAGAACACUGAGUUGAGUCCAAAUGAUAAAUACGAGCUAAUUUACAUGCUGCUUCAGCGAUAUACAACAGCGGAUUUAAUUGCCAAAGAGGCAUGGAACUAUUUGGAAACUAUCCAUAUGAAAAAGCAUUCAGAACUUAAUAGAGACAAUCUUGAAGAGAUGAUAUUUAAGCGAGAGAAUCAACAAAAAGAUAAAGAAGACCUCUAUUUAAAACGACGACUAUCGGAUGUUUAUAGAAGAAACAAUUCACUGCAAGGUAACUAUAUAAAAAAUCUAUUGGAAAGAUACGCCAAUCGAGGCGACGUAAAUGCCAUGAAGAUGCUGCAACAAAUAUUGGGUACAUUCUCAAGAAAAGAUAUUGAUAUUGAUUUCCCUCUUAUGUGUAAGUCUUAUGGCAAAAAAGUCAUUCAAGAGCUGCUAAAUACACCCAAUCUGCAAAUCGAUUAUGUGGAACUCGCUAAGGACUUUAUUGAAACGAUGCCUUCAGAAUUCGACAAAGAAGAAGAACACAUAAAACAUGUAGAACUAUUGCAAAUACUGCUAAAGAGAAGAAAUGGCCUCGCUAGUGCUGCGGAUGAAGAGGGACUUCCUCUAUUAAGUUAUGCAGCUUUGAAGCGCAACGAAGUGGCGGUCAGAGUGCUGUUACGUCAUGGAGCAUAUAUGGGCAUGAGGAACGACUACAAAGGGCUGCCGAUCAAGAACAUCCGACCUGAGGUCAUUGAAGAGCAUUUGGACUACUGCAUUCAAAUGGAUGCUGUCAAAUCGAAUGAUAGCAAUAUAACCAUGGACUUUACAAAUAUUUGCCAUCCACCAAACGGACCCAAUACAAAUCCCACCCUACGUUACAAUGAUAUGUCGACCAUCGCUCAUAUCAAGAAAUCGAGAAAUCUACACCAUUUACUUAAUCAUCCAAUAGUGUCGACUAUUCUGGUACACAAAUGGCAAAAGUAUUCCAAAUUCUUUUACACUCAUUUCGCCAUAUACUUAAUUUUUAUAAUACUUCUAACCACACUUAUUGUAUCGGAUUAUCGUUCAAUCUCAUACGCCUGUUUGCCCUUCAUCGUUUACCUCAUUAUUCACGAGGUGGUCCAGUAUAAAAUUUCACCUGUGCACUACUUCCGCGAACCUUUCGUCAAUGGCCUGGAUAUCUUAGUUAUCAUCCUUUCAAUAAUUGUAUGCUGUCCAUGGUGCACAUCUCGAAAUUUCGAGACAUUCGCAGUGCUAGCUUCAUGUUUCAGGCUAUUUUCUCACAUGAGUUUGAUGCCCAUCGCGUGGAUAUCGAAACCUUUUCGUAUGCUAUUCAUGGUUAUCAACACUGUAUUCAAAUUAAGGAUACUUAUAUUGGUGGUCUUUCUAUUCGGAUUAUGCUUCUACAUUCAAAACGGAAAUGGAACGCAAGUGAAGUCAGCUAAUAAAACGGAGUCUAUAAGCUUCGACUUUGACACCUUCGCUUCGGCACUAAUGAAAUCAACGAUAAUGGCAAAUGGAGAGUACGAUGCUGGUAAUAUUAAUAUUACAAGUCUAUGGCAAUAUCUUCUUUUAUUUGGAACGCAAGUGAAGUCAGCUAAUGAAACGGACUCUAUAAGCUUCGAUUUUGAUACCUUCGCUUCGGCACUAAUGAAAUCAACUAUAAUGGCAACUGGAGAGUACGACGCUGGUAAUAUUAAUAUUACAAGUCUAUGGCAAUAUCUUCUAUUAUUUGUGUUUGUCAUCAUCGUGGGAAUUUCUUUAUUUAAUCUGCUCGUGGCGAAAGCAUUGAACGACAUUCAGUUAAUUCAGAAUCAAGCGGAGAUUUUUAGCGCCAUAAAUCGCAUCAAUUUUCUGAACACCUGUGAAGUCUUACUUUACGCACCGUUCUGGAAUAAAUUUGAUCAGUUUAAACUUUUCAAAAGGCCGUCCGAUAAUUCUUUAAGACAGAUUACGAUACGUCAAUACAAUUAUCCUCUAAAAAUAUCGACUGUUUACUAUAAGAAUAGAAAUAAGAGUGAUAUUGUUAUUGAAGUUAAUGCAGCCGAUAGUGCAAAGAAUAGUAAUUGUUCACAAAACAACAAUACUGAUCGUGUCUUAUCAUCGUCUUCGGUUGGCCAUAAAGUUGAUAUCACUACCCUUAAAAAAUCGAUUUUCGAUUCAUUUAAAACUAAUGCCAUUGACUAUAAGUUGUUCAAACGUGCAGUCGAAAUUGCUGAGAAAAAUUCGAGCAAGGAACCGCAAACUAGUCAAGAAAUUGAGUAGCGACUGAAUAAUUGUAGAGAAGACUUCAAAAAAAAAAAAGAUGAGUUGCAAAGUGCGAUGAAGCAACAAUUGAUCUUCAUGCAAAUUAGUUAGCAGCAACAACAAACUGAGAUUAUCGAGCAAUAAUUUAAGCGUUUUGAAACCAUCUUACAAAGAAUAUAAUCUCAAAAACAUCAUAUAAUUUUAAUAUCAUUUCUAGUGUUGUUUCUAUUAAUUUGUAUA